AUGGGCUUGAUACACUACCUCACGCCGUUCGACUAUAGCAGGGCACCACAACACCCCCGCCUCCGACUGCGGUACUCGCUCUGGUCCCUUGCGAUAUCCCUGGCUGUCCUGGCCGUGAUAGUGACGUACCGAUGGUCGCGAUACCACGGCAUCCUCCUCGUUAUCGACUCGGGCCACAAGCUCCGCAGAGUCAAGUACGAUCUCCUCCAGCUGGGCGAGGAUGGGCGGCGGUACGGCCGGACGGCCGCGCUCAUCUUCUUGUCACCGACGAGCUACCGUCGCGCAAGCUCGAUCACUACUAAGACGGAUCUUGACGGUGGUGCCGGAUUGUCGCCAGCUCCCGUGUCUAACAGGGAGCGGCUGAGGGCGUGUGGUGGCGAACUGCGUGCCCGCUGGGAUCGCUACGGAGCAUACACUUCUGUCCAGCUUGUGCUCGCCGCUGUCGACAAGGUGGUCAUUGCCAUCUAG